AUGUCACGCUUCACAACCACCAGCAUCCUCCUCCUCCUCCUCGCCGCCUCGGGCCUCAACGCCCAAGACAGCACCACCAUCUCCCUCACCGACCUCUCAACCACCCUCGUCCUCCCCGCCUGGCCCUACCCCACCACAACAGUCGAAAGCACCACCACCCUCUACAGCGGCAUGACCACCACAACCACCACCAUCAUCCCCUCCUCCUCAGCCUCAGCAAGCGAGAACGCCACCUCAGCCGCCUCCACCACCACAGCAACCGUACAAAGCACAUCGACCAUCACCGCCCUCCCCACAGGUCCAUCCGACGCAACAAGUACAAGCACCAGCCCCGCGCAAUCCUCAUACAUCUCCUCUCUGCAGAACCAGCAAUCCAGUAUCAACUCUGCUAUCUCGGCGAGUUUGAGCGCUACUGCGUCCUCGCUGUCGUCUGUUGUGUCGUCGGUGAUUUCGAGUGCUACUUCUGAACUUGCAAGUGCGACGUCUGAGAUUGGGGCCGGCGUGACGUCGGAUAUUGGAAGUGCUGCUACUUCUACCGCUACUGCUACUGCUACAGCUACUGCUACGACGCUGGUUGUUGUGGGAGGUGGAGCGACGCCUUCGACUGGGUUUGGUGGGAAUGCGACGAGUACGGCUGAGGGGCCGGCGUUCACUGGGGCGGCGAGUGCGUUGGGGAGGGGGAAGGAGGGGUUGGAGAUGAGUGUUUUGGGGUUGUUUGUUUUUGUUGUGGGGGGGUUGGUUAUGUAG